GCCGAGAGCCAGUGAGAAGGAGAGCUGGAGAGACAGAGACUGACUCCUGAGGAGAGGUGGCCAGGAGCUGAGAUGGAAGAGGCGAGGCCACAGAUGGCCAAGGUGUGGGGUGACCAUGUGAAGAAAGAACCAUGAACCAUGGCCAUGUGAAGAAAGGCCAUGAACUAUGGCCCUCCAUGUGAAGAAAGAAGUUGGGGGCCUUUCUCACGGCUCCUGUGCACUGACCACAAGGGAGGCGCUUUUGCAAUGUAGAAAAAGAAGAAACCAGAUUGAUAAAGGAAGUGCUGGGUACUCCGGGGGCCCGCGAGUUUGGGGAAGCUCACCCUCCCUUGCUCUUCCGAAGGAACCUGAUCCACGCUUUCCACGUUCCUCUGGACUCCCCGAGGAGGCACCUCUGUAGGGCCUGCCCUCUGGCCUUGACAGAGCUGCUUGGCUUCUCCUCUCCUGGGAGGAGAGUGAGACCAUGGGUCCGUCCCUGCUGCUGUCCCUGCUGCUGCUGCCGGCAUCUCUGCAGGCUGGCAGCUCAAAAGAAUGCAAUCCAAACACUGACUUUGGGAUCAACCAACCAGCGUCUCUCUCAGCCCCCGAGGGUGGUUCCACCUGCAUCUCUUUCUCCUACUUCCACUGCUGGGAGUUAGCCAAGGAUCCCAGACUGAGUAUAGCCGUCAGACGGAGAGACUUCCAUGGAGUGGUCAUCUACAACAGCACCCAGCGUUUUAUCCAUAAGGAUUACAAGAACCGGAUCUCCCUGGACUUGAGAGAGGGUCAGAACUCCGGCACCCUGUGUAUACGGAACCUGCGGAAAGAAGAUGAGAAUAGGUACUUUUGCCGGGUCCAAGUGGAAACGCUAAGAGACGGCAAACAGGUGUGGCAGUCCAUCCCAGGGACCAAACUCACCAUUACCGACGCUGCCCAGGCGACCACCAAGGGCACCACCACCGCAGCCACCAUCACAGCUGACCUCAAUGUCGUAGAGGACAAUGGGAGCUCAGCAUCUUCACCCCUGAGUGUGGGAGCUGCAGUCGGUGUGGCACUGGCUGGUGUUGUGCUCAUAAUAGCAGUUUUGGGACUGAUUGUCUUCCUCAGGUGGAAGAGAAGCAAAGGUCUGCAGACUAAAGCCAGAACCGUAGCCGGGGAAUCGGUCCAAAACACUGAGGAGAAGUAUGAGAACAUCGGGAUUACAGGACAAAAAACAGAGCCCAAGCUGGACCCCAAGGGUGAAGCCCAGGAUGACGGUGGCAUCCUCUAUGCCUCCCUCACCCUCUCCAGCUCGUCACCAGCAGCCCCUCCCUGCACCCCUUCCAAGGAGAGCCCGCAGGAGACCCUGUAUUCUAUCGUAAAGGCCCAGUGAGCGGGAUUGAAUGGGGACUCACUGAGACUAAGCUGCACAGAAGGUCACAGCUUCUAGUAAUAACCCUGGCCAGACACAGACAAAAGCCAGUGGGUGUGGAAGGCCACCAAGGACCAGAGAGAAACAGAGCCAUCUGCUUCCAUUCCCUCUUCAACUGCCCAGCCCUUGCCCACAAAAAUAAAAGUACUAGUAGGAUUUGCCUGAAGGCACCUAAGGAGAAACUGAUGGCAUCUUCUGUCUUUUCCUUCUCGCCAAAAAUGAGCUGUAAAAGUAGCUCACACCCAAGAUCCCUCCUCCAGGGCUGGUGUUCAGUGACUGCCUUCAGGCCAGGUGGGGGACACCAAACACUGGCAGCCAGCCCAGAGCCCAGACUCUGCCCCCUUAUCUAACCAUUCUACUUCUGCUACCAUAACAUGUACCGCGUUAAGUGCAUGACUCAUGUAAGCAUCACCAACAACCUUAUACAGUCCUGGAUGCACUCACCGGAGGCGUGAAGAGAAGACCCAGAAUGGUUAGUGCUUUUCUCAAGGCCACACACCUAGUAAGUGGC